GUGAUUGUAUGAGACUCUCAAGGACCGCCUGAGGUUGCUUACUCCGACUAACAUUUGUGGGAGGACCGUUGUGCGUCUGUGCGGAUGUCGAGUCUGAGGAGAUAGCUCGUCGAGAAUAAGGGAUUUAAAUUAAGAACUAAGCGGGCGACCUGCUCAGCAAGGGUGAGGGAGGGUAACUGUUUUGUAUCUUGCUCGACCAGGAGGAGGGGGAGGAGGGAGGACGGAUAAUGAGCUAUUCUUGUACUAACACAGGCAAGAGCCAGGACCCAUCUAGCGCUAAGAAGUCCGGUGGUAAUAAUCCCGGCAGUUGCGGCGGUAGCGGAGACACCGGCAGCAGCAACAACAGCCACAACAACCGCGGUAACAAGGCGAACGCGAAAUCCAAUACAGCCGAGGCGAUGAAAGUCAAGGUGGGCUGCAACACGACAGAUGGUAGGAUCCCAGCUACGAUGGAGGAGGAAUUGCUGGCAAAUACGAUAAUUACGCCCGACGAUGUAUUGGGUUUAGAGAAGAUCACUCAAAACUACCUGUGUGGUCCAGAGGACAAUGUGUACGACAUUGACUUCACAAGAUUCAAGAUCCGUGACUUGGAGACGGGCACAGUCUUGUUUGAGAUCACCAAGCCUCCAUCCGCCAACAAGGCAGACAAGCUUGUUGACCCCAAUGCGGGGCGUUUUGUACGGUACCAGUUCACCCCUGCGUUCCUGAAACUACGCCAAGUCGGAGCCACUGUCGAGUUCACCGUGGGUGACGUCCCCAUCAAUAACUUCCGCAUGAUUGAGAGGCACUACUUCCGGGAGCAGCUCCUGAAGAGCUUCGACUUUGAGUUUGGCUUCUGCAUCCCCAGCAGCAAGAACACCUGCGAGCACAUCUACGAGUUCCCCCCUCUCUCUGAUGAGACCAUGUGUGCAAUGAUGCUUCACCCUUACGCGACACAAUCGGACAGCUUCUACUUUGUGGACAACAAGCUGGUCAUGCACAACAAGGCAGACUACUCCUACAGUGGGACCCCCUAGACGUCUGUGUACUAUGUAGGGAUGGGAGUGGGCCCCUAGACGUCUGUGUACUAUGUAGGGAUGGGAGCGGGAGGGGGCCCCUAGACGUCUGUGUACUAUGUAGGGAUGGGAGUGGGAGGGAGGGUAGGUAGGCAGUCAGGGAAGACCUUAGGACCACUCAUAUGCCAUGUGUCCACCACCACCACCACCACCACCAUCACCCAUUAGCCAUUAUUUUUGUUUCCUCCACCACUUUGACUCACUGACAUCCAAUGGAGAAAAGAAAAAAAGCCCACAAGGCUGUUUUUGUGGUGACCUGGGGGCUAGUGACAGGCAACACAGCUUUUAGUCACACUUUUACUUGUACAUAUCGACUCUUGAUAGUCAUCCACUGCCAUCAAUCACGAAACACCAGCACGCAUGGAAGUCCUUAAGUGGGACCCAGUGUAGUACACAAGAUCAAAGUGUGUAUGAGGGAUAGGGAUGAUUCAUGCUAAGAGUUUGUUAAGGGUUUUGUGUGUGAAGGACAAUGCACUGUGACUGGUUCUUUGGUUAUUAUGACAGUGGAGGUUACAUUCCAACUUUCCAUUGGAGUAGUUCUGGGAUUUCGAAGAAUAAACCUAUUACUUGA